AAUUGAUAUAAAAAUUCGUUUAAGGAAAAGUAUAUUAAAAAAGUACAUAAAAAGUUAUGAAAGUCAUAUGACGAGUGAAGUGUUUGACCAUUCAUUCAAUUACUAAUCGAAUGAGAAAAGCAUUAAAUGAUUGAAGGCAUACCAGACAGUAGUACACAAUAUAUUGACUUAAGUAUAUAUGUGCGCUCAUUUCACCGCCAAACCACCCACAUAUUAUAUCAGUACGAAAUGGAACGAGUAAAACAAAUCGAGUCCUUGAAAUGAAAAAAAAAAAACACGAAAUAAAUACUUUCAAUGAAAUUAUUCGGACUGGCGAUGCACUACUGAGAAAUAAAUUAAAAAAAAUUCCUUUAUUUUUUGUUCAUUAAGUCUGAUUAAAAUUAAAAGGGAAAUCAAUUUUUUUUUUUUGUGUUUUGGAAAAACCUCCCAAAAUGUUCUACAUGAAAUUGUUAUGCAAACAUGCAAAUGAUAAGACGCGGAAGAGAAGAGGGAUAGCGUAUGCCGAAGAUUGAAACAAGUGCAGCAACAUGAUUCACGGUAAAAAUAUAUGAAGCGUUCAUAUCAUAGAAGAAAAGAAAUUGAAAAGAAAACAUAAAUAAAACACGCUUGUAUGUGUGCCUCCACGAGAAGAUCUCGGCAUAAGUGCACAAAAACGUAACGACAAUGACAGCAAAAGCAGUUGCAAUAUUAAACGUUAGUCAACAAUAUGACUUACAAAUGCUUAACGAAGAAAAUCAACGAUUAUUUUUCCAAACGGAAACAAAUACAAAACAAGUUAGCGGGAAAAUUCAAAGCACGACUCUUUUUACAACACAAUAACGAAAAUAAUAAUAAAAAAAAUCAAAAUAAAAGUAAUGAAAAAGUCGUCAAUGAAAUCAUCAGUAAAUCAACAAGUGUUGUUGUAUAUCAACAAAGAUCAACAGUCAACAUUGCAUCAUCAAAGAAGAAACUGUUGCGUGAAUCCUUAUCAUUGCCGACAUCAUCAUCAUCAGUAUCGUUCGACUUAUCGAAAUCAUUAUUAUUCGAGGCAUCAUUAUUAUUAUUUAAAUAUGUUGCCACAUUUGAUAUUAGCAGCGAUAAUUACGCUGCUAGUUGAAAAUGCAACAGCUUAUUUGCCAAAUGAAAUUGCUUCAUCGGCAACAACAAUAACAACGGCAACAGCGGGAAGCAUCAGCAGUAGUUCCAUUACCUCCCUUAAUAGUAUUGUAAAAAUUGGCGAUGGCAGCGUGAUAACCAGAGAAGCCAUUGAGCAAUCCUUGGUUACCAUACAUGAUAUUGCUACAGAAAAUUUGGGCACUCUCUGUAUAUCAACUUUAUAUCGACCAUUGCAAGUGCCCAUCAAUUCUGAACGUUAUGAGAGUUCAAGACAGAAAGCAGAUCUAGCGGCUUCCAUUCUACAAGAAGUGGGCAUAGUACGUCAUGGAGGUUUAUCAGAUGCUUUAGCUAAAGGCCUCCUUAGCGAUGAGUAUACUACAGGAGCAAGGAUUUUAGCUUUAAAUUUGACGAAUGGCUCUGUGCAGUCGUACGUGUGGUGGAUUAAGAAAAAUCAUGAGAAAAUGGGUGAAAUGAUACGUUUUGAAGAAGAUGGUUUACAAAUUGGCAAAAAACCUUCACCCACGUAUCCUUGGUUUGCCGAUGAAUCGACUUCGCCUACACUACGUUCACCGAAAUUUGCGCCCAGCCCACCGAACAUUUACUAUAAAGGCUGGUGGACGUUUCCGUAUUUUUCGUGCUCACUAAGCAAAUGGAUAUUAUCGUAUAGCAUUGCCAUACCACCGAACGGACGUCACCACGGUUUACGUGGUUUCAUCAGUAUUGAUAUCGAUGUCACUGGUUUACGUGUUAAUCAAUGCGAAGCACCAGUUUACCGAUUCAAUUAUCAGCAAAUGCAAUCGAGACGUUUACAUUUGGCAGAUGCCCAAGCAAUAGAUGCCAUUAACGAUAUACAAGCAUUUCAUAAAUCCCAUAAAUGUCAUCGACAAACAAUGAUGUGCGAUUAUCGUCUCCCCACAGCUGAAUCACCGACAAUAACCACUAGUAAAAUUUUAUCUACACCUUACACUUGGUCCCGUGGCGCCUAUCAGUGUUUAUGCAAGCGUGGCUAUUACUCGGUACGUCAUCCGGAUGGUUUUAAUGGAACUAUAAUGGAAAUAGCCUGGAAGGAACAUCAGGAUAACAUUAGCAAUUAUUAUGCAGAUGUGUUUACGUGCUUAAAAUGCGCUCCAGGUUGUGAUGCCUGUAGCGGUCCGGAACCCUGUUUAGCCGAUUACAACUGGCCGUUUAGAAUAUCGCUGCUAACCAUAUCGAUAGGCUGUGCGAUUGGUACGAUUUUAUUAGCCGGCUAUCUUUUUCAUCAUCGCAAAGUUAAAGUAUUCAAAGUAGCCAGUCCUAUAUUUUUAUUAAUCACUUUGAUUGGUUGCGCGAUCAUGUACUUGGAGAUGGUAGCAAUUUUUCCGUUUUUGGAUACAAGCUGGUGUAUAGUGACCAAGUGGACACGUCACAUGGGCUUUUGCAUAACCUACACAUCAUUGCUAAUGAAAACUUGGCGUGUAUCUUUAACGUAUCGGGUUAAGUCAGCUCAUAAAGUUAAGCUUACUGAUCAGCAGUUGCUGCAAUGGAUGGUGCCCAUAUUAUUGGUAAUGCUUAUUUACUUGGGUACAUGGACAAUAUCCGACACUCCCUUUGCCGAAUUUAUACACGAUCAGAAUGGUUUAAAAUUUAGACAAUGUUCUUACAAUUGGUGGGAUCAUAGUUUGGCUAUCGGUGAGGUAUUUUUUCUGGCCUGGGGCAUACGAGUCUGUUAUAAUGUCCGCAAUGCUGAAUCGUUAUACAAUGAAGCCCGCUUAAUAUCUUAUGCAAUAUAUAAUAUAGCGAUUGUUAAUAUAACAAUGGCAAUUAUACAUCUCUUCAUAUUUCCGGAAGCUGGACCUGAUAUUAAAUAUACUUUAGGUUUUGUACGAACCCAAUUGUCGACAACCACUACCAUAGCUUUAGUAUUUGGGCCAAAAAUUUCGCGAGUCUUUAAAGGUCAAGGAGACAAGUGGGAUCAAAAGGCUAAGGUGCGCAGUAUAACGGCCUCAUUUUCAUUAAAUGGCGUUGGCCUAGUGCCCGAAGAAUCUCCCGAUCUCUAUCAAGAAAAUGAAGAGUUAAAGGAGCAAAUUCAAAAAUUGGCUCAUCAAAUUGAAUUCAUGAAGACUGUGCAUAUGCAGAUCAAUAAUAGACAUUUAAAACCUAAGCCGGGCGGUUAUUUUACAAUAACCUCAACUUCUUUCCAAGCACCGUUUAGUAAAAGUAACAUGUCUUCAACGCAAACACAAACUUCCAAAACUGAGGAAACCCUUAGCGGUUCCGCCUCUAAAGGUUUUCCAACGAGUUUAACACCCACCAAAUGUCGCUUGAAUAAGGAAAAGGUUUGACGAGGCCAACGAAGUGCAGAAGAUUGCUCAAAG